CUGAGGGGCCAGGCACACGGCACAGUGGCCAACGACUGCUUGUCCUGUGGUUUGUCCUCCAGAAACUGCAUGUUACUUUUGGUAGUUCUUGCAGGAUCCUGAUGAAGAAGUUGCAAAUAUGGAGCUGACUAGAAAAAAGCAGUGUGAAAACCAGGUAACCGAUUUGGCUUUAGAUCAUACUCCUGUAAUCUUGUUUAACCCUAUUAUUAUUUUGCAGUACCCUAUUCCUAUUGCAAAUGUGGCGAAACAGGUAUAUACAGGCACCCAUGCUGUACAGAAGUGGGCAAGGGGGACUAUCAACCCUGGCUGAUGAAACAUGCAAAACACUUCAGACUGUACCAGUUGCUCUGGAGUCUUUACAAGAGACGGGGCCUCUGUUGAUCUAAAACAUUGUUAAUACUUCACUAUAAUCAAUUGUCCUGGGAUUGCAAGGGUGCACCUUACAGAAGCCUUCAUUUGCCUUUAAGUCUACGUGGAGGGAUUCUGCACUGACCUCUCUAGAGAGUUGCAGGAGUACAGUCAGUGCUUAUGUGCUGUACCUUGCAGGCCAAAGCAUGGGACCCUUAAGCAUAUGAACAGAAUCAUCUCUUGAGGUGGUUCUCUUCACAGUCAUGUCUUUACUUGUGUAUCACCUGGGAAAGGAAGGAUCCCCAGGACACCUUCUACUGUCAGCUCCAUUCACAUUGACAAGGGUCAUUAUCAGACUGACAGAAAGUAAGGAUUUUGUGAUCAGAACUUUGUAGAGUUUUUAGUAGAUGCGAAUGAAGUAGUAAAAUAGUCUUCCUUUCCCUGUGGAACAAAGGGAUAAUUUCUAUCAAGCCAUUUACCUGUGGAAGUCAGGCCUGCAGUGGAGGUUGGUGGUGAACAUUGCCAAUUUUCUCGAUAAGGCAUCCAGAAUGAUCUGAGUUAGUCAAAACUAACUUUAGUAGUGUCCUCCCCCACACCGUGCCCUUUCCAUAUUCUUCAAAACUGAAAUUCUGUUGGUACUUACAUUGGAUGUUUGUUGGUAUACAGUAAUGAAAGCAUGGUGCUUUUGUACAUUGAUGCCCACUCUAAAUAAAGCAGAAUAGCCUGUUUUCUGAAAUAGAUUGAAUUCCUCCUCUUCCCCCACCCCCCACGCACCCCUUCUUCUUCCUGCAUGUACACACACACUUACUCAGUCAGUAGCACUAAGACUUCAGCCUGUUAAUGCACAUACAGGGUGAUACUUCAGCUGCAAAAGUCAUGAUCGGGGAGCACAGACCAUGCUCAUUUGGUACGCAAGGCUAUGCAUAAUGUGGCACAUGUAACCAGAAGUGGCAGCUGGAAGUUCUAAGACUAAAGUGCUACCAUAACAGAUGGGCAUCAUUGUUUGGAAUGGCCUCUGCUUGUUGCAACUGCAUAUACUAGUUAUCAGUCAACAUAUUAAGCAGGGCUCAAAUGGUGAGCAUUUAAUGAGGGGAUCUCUCCUUCCCUUCUGUCUUUCUCUUGUGCAGUAUAUUAAACUAAUUUCUCACUUCUGACAAGGAAGAGCUGCCUGUCCUUCACCACUGCUUUCUCCUUCACCAAAAUAUUCAUUCUGCUUGAUCUAAGCAAGGGCUUCUUUAUGCAUGUUUAUUGCAUAAUAAUAAGGUAUUGUUAAAAACCUCACAGGAGCCCAAUUCCACCUUCUUUCAUAAAGACAAUGAAAGGAACUUAAUGUUUUCUAUACAUUGGCCUUCAACUUUGAAAGUAGAUAAAGACUUUCAUUUCUGUGUUCCUGUCCUCGUAGCCAUUCAGUGUUACUUCAGGAACGAUAAGUAAAUUGAAACUUAGAUAAUUUAGGCAGUAGGCAUCCAAAAUAUGUAUUUGGGAGUUUUUAAAGUUAAUCUUAGAAUACUGGUGUGAUUUGCCCUUUUGAUUUUGUAAACCAUAAAUAAAAUGUGUACCUGUGUAUCUAUCCCUUCAUAGAGAGGUUUUUUUGUUGUGACAAAGUAGCCAGAUUGUUACAGAUCUGGUUAAAAAGAAGCUAACAUUUGGCUGCACAGCAGCAGCUCUUGAAUCUGUGGUGUGACACAAGCUAUUCUGAUAUAAAUUGCCAUGGGCCACUAAUGAGAAUAUGUUUACUGUUCCAGCAGCAGUAUAGCAGGCUUGUAUGAUAGCCAGUGAGACAGUUAUUUUGUUGAGGCACAACAAUUCUAAAAUGCAAGUAGCUAUAAAUCCACUGCAGCCUGUACCAUAUGACUUCUACAUUAAAUAAAUUGUUUACUGACACUAGUUUAUACACAAGGCAAAAUAUCAUAGUCACAUCCCACUUUACAGCAUCUUCAUGGUCAAUUCAUUAGUUUGUUUCUGUUGAACAUAAGGCCUGAGUUCUUAAUUAGGAUGCUGUUACCCUUUAUGUGAUGAAAGGGUGGCUAUAUCAUCAAGUUUGUGACAGCAGAAUAUUGCAUAAAUUCCGUGUUUGAUUUUAGAGGACUGUCACUGCUGUAAUUCUACUAGCAAUUCUGCUACUAAUUCUGGCUGCUUUUUGUGGAUGGAUACACUUCCAAGGCUCCGUGUAAAACAAAAUUAAUCUAACUAGAUUAGAGUCAUCCAUGCAAUUGUGAUACAAAUUAUAUGGCCACCUCCAUCUAGAGUGGAGAAUUGAAUAUAGAAGUUUGUUUCUUUAUAUGAAACUAACUAAUCUUUUCAGGUGAAAAGAAGAUGGAGUAAACUCUCAGGAAAUAGGUUUAAUUUCUCAUGAGACUCUUUUCCAGAAUCUGGUCUUACUAUUGUCAGAGUGUUCCACCUAACAGGUUUGAAAAUAUCCUCCAAAAAGUUUCUUUAACCAGGCUAAGUUACCUUUGAAAAAUCCAAUUUAAACAAACAAAACAACCUCCCUCAAAAGCGGUUUACAAAUCUUCAGACAAACAGAUGUUAAAAGAAUGUAAACUAUAUCCAGACUGAGAUCUUGACUUGGCCCUAAUCUGGGGUAGGACAAUACUCAGACUGUUUAGAAAAUUAAAAGUAGUAGAAGCACUAAUGCUAUUUAGAAAGAAUUGAAGCAACUUACUAAUGUGAGUUGCUCUUCUCUCUCCUGCUUAUUAAUCCUGGAAUCUCUUUCUGAUGGCAAAGAAAACCCCUAUACUUAAAAUUAAUGCAUCCUAUUAGUGAAAAAUGGCUAGAAUUAUAGGUCUUAUUUUUCCUGACGGGCAAAAUAAGGCUGCAGUCUAGUAGCUGGUAUCGACGUCACUGUUACAAGGUGCCCCUUUUCAGGGUGAGGCAAACAGACCUCUCCCCCUUCUGUUCCUUUCCCUUCAAUUUCCAUGCUGGAAAUCCUCGCUUUUUCAAUGGAGUUGAAACUUCAUCCUGCCUCCCUCUUCCUCUGCUUUCCUGCUGCCCUCUUUGCCCUGACUUGUUCUGGGGGCUUCCAGCUCAUGUUGAGGUCUCAGCAGUUUUUAUAUUCUUAAGCGUGGCUGCUUCACUGGAGCCUCUGCCUGGCCUAUGACCAAUAUCCCUAGUGUUUACUGCCUCCUCCAUUUUGUGUCUGGCCUAUAUGCUCGAAGGGUAUCCAAAAGAUCUGUUUAAAUGAGCAUUUGAUAUAUCGGUGAAUGACAACAUGCUGCAGAAAACUGAGGCAUAGGAAUAUUUGAGCUUUAAAAAAGCACCCCUGAACUCUUGGCUUUUCUUUGUUUGGAGCUGUAUGGACUUGGCUGCUCUGGUGGACUGCUUUGGUCACCUUCCAAUCUGUAUCUAGUUCUGAGGUUGGAGAACUUUAACUAGUUGUUAAAGUUGUUAACAAGAUUGUUCUCUGAACAAUCAUUCCUAUUUCUGUGUCUGGAAUACUCCUGUAGGUGUCACUAAGCUUUCUUGUUGGCCUCCAUAUAGAUUUGUAGAGGCAGUUUUCCCCACUGAUUUUUUGGCUUGCAUCCUACUUUAGCUCCUGUUUGCCUCAGAAGUAAGCCCCGGACUGUAGGAUUUCCUCCACUAGGCAGCACAGAUUCUCUGUAACAUCUGUUGCUUUUUGUCAGCUCUCUGCUUUCAGGCUGGCACUGUGCAAGCCCAAAGGAAGCUCUUGGUGGUUUCCUCACACCCUCUCCACCUUAAACUGUUUCUUUUUUCAGUGGUGGCUCCUACUUCUUUACAGUUACAAUGUGAUGUAAUGCAGCUUCUUGAUAUUGCUUCUUAAUUUUGGUUGAAGAUCUUGCUAAAUCUGCUUUUAAAGACUCAAGAGUCUGAUUUACAGCUAUGGUACUCCCUCACCAAUGCUAAUUCAGACUCCUGUCUCCUUUCCCAAUAGCUGCCCUCUUUUGAGGCCCUUGCAUGUUUCCUUCUUCCUUGCUAAGCCAGACGCUUUUUUCGUUACUUGCAUCUCUUUCCCAGUUGUUGUGGUGAGCAACAUUAUCUAAUAAAAAACUUGAUUUUCAGUUCUCAAAAUACCUAAGAGGCUCCUGAUCCUUUAUUUGUAUUUUCUUAUUGAAGAUUUGGGGUGGUGAAAUCUCUUAAAUCAAUUGUUCCUGCUGCCAUGUAGCAUGCGUGAUACCUACUUUGGUUGAGAACUUGGUGGAGCAGCUACCUUCCUCUUCAGAAGAUGCUGGUGCAGUAGGCACCUUUAAUAGAUAUAGAUAUAUAUAUAUAAUCUACUACUUUUCUGUUGUUAAUCUUUGCUGAUUAACUGUUCAGACAGCACUUCUCCAAAGGCUGUUGGCAGCCGGGCUUGUCAUGCAGUUUGGAGAAAAAAGUGUGACUAAACUCUAGUUUUGAGGGAGGACAAAAGUUAACUUAUAACAAUGCUGACGUGACACUUAUUUAAACUUUCAGUUUGUAAGGAAUCUGAAACUUUUAAGAUAAAGAUAGUAUUCCCUCUUUUUGCCUUACCCCACCCAGAUUAAAUUGUGGCAUGGCUGGGUAUGUAGCUAUGCAGAUUUACAUGCAGAACUCCAAGAAGAAAAGCUAUCCAUCUGUGUUUCAGUAACUCAAAAGUACAAAGAAGUCUUAACUGUGAGUGAACUGUGAAAUGUGGUUUUUGUUUCAUCAAGUCAGUGGUUUCUGUUUCUAAAGCUCGUGCUAGGAGGUAGCCAUUUUGUUGGAAAGUGAGGUAAUUUACAGCAAGGAUGGAAAAAAUCAGGUGGGGAAGCUUCUUUGCAAGAGGUCAAACUUCAUGUAAAGCAUUUGACUUGUUAGCAUCUGGUGAUGCUUCUGAUUAUUUAUUUUUCUUAAAGCACAUUAGAAACCUUGUUAGAGAGUUCUGUCCUUUUAGUGGUGCAGAACAGUUCAGCUCGCAGCAAGAUGGCUGACUUCACUGUUAGGCAGAAAAGCCAAAAUUUUAAUUCGCUUAGGUAUGAUGACAUGGGGCUGGCUUCGUAUUGUACUGCCAAAUGGAAUAGUAAUAUUUUUCCUGGGUAGUUGCGUGAAGCAUACACCAAGAUCUUUGUUAAACAGAGUUAGGCAGGCGAAAGGUAAACGUCAAUUUUAGUUCUGGUCCAAAUAAAAGUAAAAGGAUACUGCGGGUGAAGUGUCAGAUUUCUGAUGUUGGCAGACCUGGGCAUGUAUGUUAAUGUACAUGAAAAGGUCAACUUGAUGCUUUAAUGAGAAUUGAUUAAUAUGUACUUGCUUUAUUCUGAAAACAUUUGUGUCAUAAGUGCUUUGUUUUUCCAUCACUGCUGGAUGAACAAGUAAGAAAUUAUUUAAAUGAUUAUUUUGAUGUGUUUAUUGUCAGGGUUGCUUUACAUGGAACCACGACUUCCAGUGUUCCGUCUACAUAUUCCUUGCCAGAAAUCCUGACCUUUUAUUUGGGUUUUAAGGUUCCAUCUGCUUAUUCUUUGCCUGUAGGCAAGCAUAUUUCUGGUAAAACCAAAAUGCUACAUUACAAUAGGAGACUCUGACUUGGAUAUUGUUCCGUGAAACAGUUGUGUCCUUCAAGAGGAGGACAGGGUAAGUGCUCUUCAGUUUUAGUUGCAAACUCAGCCCUGGUGAGGCCACACCUGCAGUACUGCAUCCAGUUCUGGGCUCGUCAGUACAGGAGAGACUUGAACACACUGGAAAGAGUCCAGCAAAAGUCCACUAGGAUGAUUAAGAGACCAGAGUGAGCCUCUUAUAAGAAAACGUUGAGAGAGCUGGAACUGCUUAGCCACGAGGAAAGAAGGCUUGGGGAGACUCUGUCAAUUGCAGAUAAAUAGCAGAAAGGAGGAUAUAAAGAAGAUGGUGCUAGGAUUUUUUCCUUGGUGCCCAGCAAUGAGACAAGAGCCAUCUGGAUCUAGUCCUAGGCCACUGGCUCUAGGUGGUCCUGCUUGAGCAGGGAUGUUGGACAAAAUGUCACACAGGUCCCUUACCAUCUCAAUGAUCCUGUGAUUCUGUGCAGUUUAAAGAGCCAUCCUGGAAUAGUGAUCCCAAAAAUGCCUAUAUGCUGAUUCCUACUCCAGAUAAAGAUGAUGAUCCAGUUGGUGUUGAUUACUCUCAGUUUCCUCACCUAAGUCUUGUUCGAACUAGAGCUUCACCAUUACCAGUUCUUGGCUGGGCAAACAGAGAUGACGUUUGGAAAAACAUGAUAAAAAAAGAGGAGAUGUAUGUGAGGGAUAAAUUUUAUAUGCAAAGGCACCCUCUCCUGCAACCUAAAAUGAGAGCAAUCCUUCUAGACUGGCUAAUGGAGGUUUGUGAAGUGUACAAGCUUCAUAGAGAAACUUUUUAUUUAGCGCAAGAUUUCUUUGAUCGGUUUAUGGCAACACAACAUGAUGUUGUAAAAACACUAUUGCAGCUUAUUGGUAUCUCUUCUUUAUUCAUAGCAGCAAAGCUUGAGGAAAUUUAUCCACCAAAGUUGCACCAGUUUGCCUAUGUUACAGAUGGAGCUUGUACAGAAGAUGAAAUCCUCAGUAUGGAAUUGCUCAUUAUGAAGGCUCUCAACUGGAACUUAAGUCCACUGACAGUUGUAUCAUGGCUGAACAUUUACCUGCAAAUUGCAUAUUUAAACAAGCUUUAUGAGGUAUUGCUGCCACAAUAUCCACAGCAAAUAUUUGUGCAAAUAGCAGAGCUCUUGGAUCUCUGUCUGCUGGAUAUUGGCUGCUUGGAAUAUACAUAUGGAGUGCUUGCAGCUUCUGCUUUGUAUCACUUCUCCUCAUCUGAGUUGAUGCAGAAAGUUACAGGUUAUGAAUGGCGUGAGGUAGAGGAGUGUGUAAAAUGGAUGGUUCCGUUUGCAAUGGCUAUAAGGGAAGUAGGAAGCUCCAAACUCAAACACUUCAGAGGUGUAGCUCCUGAAGACAUGCACAAUAUACAGACACACAUAAAUGGCUUGGAUUUGCUGGACAAAGCUCAAGCAAAUAAAGCUAUGUUGUCUGAGCAGAAUAGGACCUCACCUUUCCCCACUGGUGUCCUUACACCACCACAAAGUAGUAAGAAACAGUCUUCUGGACCAAAGCCAAUAUGACUUUAGAAACAGUUAACAGAGUGUUGAAGUGCCUAUUCUGCUGGUUCUAACUCCUGCUCCAAUAUGGAAAUGCUGUCAGUAAAGUUCAUAAGCCUUUAUAGAAUCUGAAAAAGAAACCUUACUUUUUUUCAUGACAGAAGAAAUUUUCUAUUUGAAAUAUUUUUAUUGAACAUUAAAAUAUUUUAAAGAAGUGGAUCAAGUAUACCAGCCGCUUAAAAGAACACCGAAGAGUGCUCCAGAUGCUGCUACAGAGGGUGAUGCUUGAUGUGACCAACUGUUCAGGAAAAGGGUUUGAAGUUUAGAUUAGUUACUGUGCCUGUUUGUCCUUUGGAUAAUCUGCAGUCAGACUGUCCCCCGUUGACAAACAGGCAAAAAGUGCAGUGGAAGACAAUGUUUCAAAGCCUCUUUCAAAUGGUUGGCUUACAACUUGAUGCCUUUUAAAAACUCUUUAUUGUAAAUGCUGCUAUGUCUCUAUCCAUUUAGAAUAAAAAUGCUGUCUAAGACAGCUGGGUUUAUGUAUAUUCCUAUUUUUCUUUUAACUAUGGUCGGCUAAGUUUUUUCAGAUUGUGACCACUAGUAGUGUGGGAGUUGGGGAUCAAUAAUGUAGUAACUAUCUCUUUAUUUAUUUACCACUACUGCUUAUCAAUUAAAACUUCCUUUUUGGAUACGAAGAUAAAAUGGUCAUGUUAGGCUACUUGGAUUUCCCUUAGCCAGAUGCAGGUGGCUAGGGAGGGGAUAAUAAACAUGACAAGUAUAUGGGGAAUGCUUCCACAGCACACUUCCUAGUAAUUAGCGUACUAGGAAAUUCUUGAAUCGGAUUGUCUGCAUUUUUAUGCUUAAUAGCAAGAAAUGAUCAGUAGGAGAAGCUUAUCUUUUCUUAAAACAUAAUCAUUUAAACAUUGGGAUUUUGGCAUAGUCUUUGACAAUUAUAGCCUUCUGUGCAAAGCUGAGUUGUGGAAUGGUGUGUGCCUUUUGACAGGAGGAGUUGUCCUUCUUGACUUUGCAAGAUCUGAGAAAUAACAGUAAGAUGUUUUCUGAAAGUCACAGUUCUGGAGAGAAGAGUAGAGAAAUAGAAGAUUGGUUUUCUCAUGAUGUUCACUUUGAAGGACUGUUCAACACUGAAAACUUCUGUGAGAGUACCAGGAUUCAUCAUGUUGUCCUGAAGAUAACUUAAAUGCUUGAACACUUUCAAGAAGCUCCUGUUCAUUUUUAUAAACAUAGUUCCCAGCAAGGCUGCUUUUUAUUAUUUUUAAGUUAUUCUCCCUUUUGCUCUUCCCUGACCCAAUAUUCUGUCAAAUGUUAAAGCUUUAAGGUAAUAAAAAUGCCUAUGGUAACUAAUGGUAA